UAUGAGUCUUUUAACGCCUUCGAUAAGGGUAUAUCAAUGCGGGUUUUUGUUAUCCUUUUUUUCUUCUCAAGUCUUGGCCACUUAACUUGACCCUUAUUAAUAACGUUCUCACCAUCGUUGCAGGAAGUCAUAUCUUUUCAUUCUCAUUCUUUUUUGUACUCUCUCCUUACUUUGUAUCCUUCUUUAUCUUGCUUUUGACAACCGCAGCAAUCAUGUCUACCUUUACUUUGGAGGAUGUGGCAGCCCAUAACAAUAGAGCUGAUCUGUGGGUUGCCAUCCACGGGAAAGUAUACGAUGUGACGAAAUACGUGAAAGAUCACCCCGGUGGCGUAGAUCUCUUGGUUGAUGUUGCAGGCCAGGACGCGACGGCUGCAUAUGAAGACGUUGGACACUCCGAAGAUGCGGCCGAGAUCUUAGAGACGUACCUUAUUGGCGACCUUAAGGAUGCCGUUGAAUUCAAGCGUCCUAAUGAAGUCCGUGUUGUCAAGCAGAUUGAAACACCACCGGCCAAGAAAGAGAAGAAAGGAGGUUAUGGCAAGCUUGUCUUGGCUACCGGCUCUCUGGCUGGAUUGCUGGCACUCUACUUUAACUCUUCUUCGCUACGGAACCAUACCCACCUGCUGAAGGCGAUACCAUCACGGUUACCCACCAACCUUUUUCCGUACGAAUUGCCUAAGGGUGGUUUCGUCAACGGAUUCGCCGCCGCAACCUUGAUUUCUGUCGUAGCUGGCAGUUUCAUCGGUUCCCGCCUCUCCAAGCUCACCCAGCUUGAGUCCGGUUUCACAAAAUACCCUCCUCACAUCAAAAGCGUCAAAAUUGUGAAGCUGAAUCCCCACCUUACCCCGGGAUUUCUACACCCCAAGGAAUACAAGGCUCUCCCCUUGGUCCAAAAGGAGCUAUUGGCUCCUAACGUCUUUCGGUUCGUGUUCCAACUCCCUAAUCCCAAGGGUGUAAUUGGUCUCCCGAUCGGUCAGCAUGUUGCCAUUAAAGCUACUAUCAAUGAUCAAUUGGUUUCACGAUCCUACACGCCAACUUCAAACAACCUUGAUUUGGGCGUAUUGGAACUGGUGAUCAAAUGCUAUCCCGAUGGAUUGCUCACUGGUCAGUACCUAGCCAAUCUCAAGGUCGGUGAUAAGGUACUAUUCCGAGGACCCAAGGGUGCUAUGCGCUACAAGAAGGGACUAUGCAAGAAGAUUGGAAUGAUUGCGGGUGGCACAGGCAUCACACCUAUGUACCAAUUGAUUCGAGCCAUCUGUGAGGAUGACACCGACACUACCGAGAUCAGCCUUAUAUACGCCAACCGCACCGAAGAGGACAUUCUUCUUAGAAAAGAACUGGAGCGUUUCGCAUCUGCUUACCCUAAGAACUUGAAGAUCUGGUACAUGUUGGACAACCCUCCCCCCAAAUGGGCCUAUGGAAAGGGUUACGUGACCCCUGCGGUUAUGCAGAAACGGCUGCCUGAACCCUCUCCCGACACCAAGAUUAUGCUUUGCGGUCCUCCGGGAAUGAUUAACGCAUCUAAGAAGGCGUUGGUGUCUUUGGGCUUCCAGGCCCCAGGUGCCAUCUCCAAAAUGACGGAUCAAAUUUUCUGCUUUUAGACAUUUCUUUUAUCAAAUCCUUUGUUCCCUCACACUGUGACUAAUAUGCUUCUGUUUCUUUCGCUCUUUUACUUUUCCUUUCUUAUUUUACUAUUAUUCUCCUUGUUUUUCGUUUAUGUAUACUGUUUAUAGACCGCUUGAGCAUAGACUAGUUGGAGUCUGGAACAAAAUAGAUGUCAUUUUAUGCCGGGAUCAAUCAAAUCAGAUACUUAUCGCGGU